AUGUCUGAAGGUCCACCCCACAUGCCAGCACCUGUGUGCUUGAUUGAGAAUGCAGAGGGGGGACUGCGGACGGUGGAAUCGGCCCUGGACAUCCUCAGGGGGAUCCAGCAGUCUGUGGUGGUGGUGGCUGUGGUGGGGUUUUACCGCACUGGCAAGUCUUACCUCAUGAAUCGGCUAGCUGGGCAACAGUCAGGCUUUGCUCUGGGCAGCCCCAUUGAGUCUAAGACUAAAGGCAUCUGGAUGUGGUGUGUGCCUCACCCCUCUAAACCAGGACAUACGCUGUUGCUGCUAGACACUGAAGGACUGGGUGAUGAAGACAAGGGCGACUCGAAGAACGAUGCCUGGAUCUUCUGUCUGGGCGUGCUGCUCAGUAGCACCCUGGUGUACAACAGCAGAGGCACCAUCGACAACCAGGCUCUAGAGAAACUCCACUAUGUGACUGAGCUGACCAAUCAAAUCAGAAUAAAGUCAUCAGGCGCCCGUGAUGAGGAUGGUGAUGUGAAGGACUGUGAGUUUGUCCGCUUCUUCCCCGACUUCGUCUGGGCGGUUCGGGACUUCACUCUGGAGAGGAAGAUCGACGGUCGGAGUGAGGACGAGUACUUGGACUUUGCCCUGCAGCUGAAGAAAGGAUGGUCUGAUGAAUUGGUGACCUACAACCUCCCGAGACAGUGCAUCCGGAACUUCUUCCCGACCCUAAAGUGCUUCACCUUCCCAUUCCCAACAUUGGCGAAGAACAUGACGAACCUGGACUCCAUGGCUGAGGCUGACCUUUGCCCAGACUUCCUGAGUGUCGCUAACCGCUUCUGCAGUCACGUCUUUGCAGAGAGCCGUGUGAAGAGGGUACAGGGUGGCCACAAGGUCACCGGCAGCCGGUUCCGCCAUCUUGUGAAGAUCUACGUGGACACCAUCAACAGUGGCAGCGUUCACUGUCUGGAGAAUGCUGUGGUUGCCAUGGCAGAGAUUGAAAACCAGUCUGCAGUGAAUGAGUGCUUCCGGCUUUAUGAGCAGGGCAUGGGGGAUUUGAGUAAGAUCUUUCCCAUGGAUGUUGGAACUGUCUCGGCAGAACACCAUCGCCUCAAUGCCAUGGCCAUUCAGGAAUUCCUCAAACGUUCCUUCAAGGAUGAGGGGGGGGGAUACAUGACACAGCUGGUGGAGAAGGUGUCUAAGCUGUAUGAUCAGCUGAUCACUCUGAACAAGGAGGCCUCGGAGAAGCUGUGUUGGAAGCUUCUCUUGGAUCUGUACGCACAGAUGGCCAACAAUAUUCGGCAGGGCAGAUAUGCCAAGGCAGGCGGGUAUGAGAUCUACUGCCGUGACCGAGACGCCAUGGUGGCCGAGUACCGGCAACAUGACAAAAAGGGCAUGAAGGGGGAAGAGGUGCUGGAGGAUUUUCUCCAGGAGAAGAACGUUGAGGCCAAGUCCAUCUUGAGGGUUGAUGAGAAACUCACAGAGAUAAUAACCGGUUGUCCUGCCAUCUUACAAGCAAACAUGUCUGGAGGUCCACCCCGCAUGCCAGCACCUGUGUGCUUGAUUGAGAAUGCAGAGGGGGAACUGCAGACGGUGGAAUCAGCCCUGGACAUCCUCAGGGGGAUCCAGCAGCCUUUGGUGGUGGUGGCUGUAGUGGGGUUGUACCGCACUGGCAAGUCUUACCUCAUGAAUCGGCUAGCUGGGCAACAGUCAGGCUUUGCUCUGGGCAGCACCAUUGAGUCUAAGACCAAAGGCAUCUGGAUGUGGUGUGUGCCUCACCCCUCUAAACCAGGACAUACAAUGUUGAUGCUAGACACUGAAGGACUGGGUGAUGUUGACAAGGGCGACUCGAAUAAUGAUGCCUGGAUCUUCUGUCUGGCCGUGCUGCUCAGUAGCACCCUGGUUUACAACAGCAGAGGCAGCAUCGAUAACCAGGCUCUAGAGAAACUCCAGCUAAUGAAGGUGGUGUGGCAGAAACAAACGAUACCAACAUCUUGGCGAAGGGCCCGUGGCGUCCUAAUCCCUAAGGAGAAGGAUGCUGCUGACCUCAGCCAGUUUCGCCACAUCAGCCUCUUAAACGUUGAAGGCAAGAUCUUCUUCAGCGUAGUAGCUCAGGCUGGCUGUGACGUCCAGCUAUGCCUCACAACUGAGGAGUACAACACAGCAUGGCAGCGUUUGGAUAUAGGGAUCAUGGCAGGAUGCACCAUCUCCCCUCUGGCCUUCACCAUGGCAAUGGAGGUCAUCAUCCGAGCCUCCCGAUGGGUGGUAGGAGGUCAGCAGCUCAAAACUGGUCUUCGUCUCCCUCCCAUCAGAGCGUACAUGGAUGACAUGACCACACUCACAACAACCAUGCACUAG